AUGCGCGGAGGCGGGUCCACGACCGACCAACGCAGCGGCGGGUACGACGACCGUCGCGGCGGCGGUGGUCGCGGCCCGGACCGCCGGGGCGGCUCGCGCGAACGCGACUACAGCAGCCGCAGCGGCUCGCACGACCGUGGCGACGCUGCUGCGCCCCGCGCCACCAACUCGCGCUGGUCGGGCUUUGAGUCGGACCGUCGAGGCGACGGCGACGACCGCCGCGGACACGGCGGGUACAGCGGCGGCGGCGGUGGCGGCUACGGCGGUGGUGGCGGUGGCGGGUACAGCCGCGGCGGAGGCGGUCCCCGCGUGAACGAACUGGGCUACCACGGCGACCUGCGGCCCAACGAGCGCCUCGAGCACGAGCUGUUUGGUGACGCCAAGUCGUCGGGUAUCAACUUUGACAAGUACGACGACAUUCCCGUGGAGAUGAGUGGCGAGAACGUGCCCGAGCCCGUGUUGGAGUUCUCGCCAGACGAGCUGGGGCCCGAAGUGCUGCGCAACUUGGAGCUCUGCAAGUACACGAAGCCCACGCCCGUGCAAAAGUACUCAAUCCCGAUCGGCCUGGCAGGCCGCGACAUGAUGGCCUGUGCGCAAACAGGCUCGGGCAAAACCGGUGGCUUUCUGUUCCCGACGCUGGCGGCCAUGCUGCGUGUCGGCGGCACGCCGCCGCCGGAUGUCGGGCACGGCCGCUCGCGCAAGAUCUUCCCGGCCGCGUUGAUCCUCUCGCCGACACGAGAGCUCGCGUCGCAGAUCCAUGACGAAGCAAAGAAGUUUUGCUACUGCACGGGCAUUGCCCCCGUUGUGAUUUACGGUGGCGCCGAAGUGGGUCGCCAGCUUCGCGAGCUCGAGCGCGGAUGCGACAUGCUGGUUGCAACGCCCGGUCGCCUUGUGGACCUUAUGGAGCGUGGUCGCAUCUCGCUGUCGUGCAUUCGAUUCUUGAUUCUCGACGAAGCCGACCGCAUGCUUGACAUGGGGUUUGAACCUCAGAUCCGUCGUAUCGUUGAGCAGGAGGACAUGCCUCGUGAGCGCCAGACGUUUAUGUUUAGUGCCACGUUCCCGCGCGAAAUCCAGCGUCUUGCUUCGGACUUUCUGCGCGACUACAUAUUCUUGACGGUGGGUCGUGUGGGCUCGGCGUCGAAGGACGUGAAGCAGACGGUCGAGUACAUUGAACAGCACGACAAGGAGGACUACCUGGUGCGUUUUUUGAACCAAGUGCAGGACGGGCUCAUUCUGGUGUUUGUGGAAACAAAGCGUGGCGCUGAUUUCUUGGAAGACAUGCUGUGUCGUGAGGGGUUCCCUGCUACAUCGAUUCAUGGCGAUCGCUCGCAGCGGGAGCGUGAGCAGGCUCUGGCCAGCUUCAAGUCGGGUCGUACACCGGUUCUAGUUGCUACGGAUGUGGCUGCACGAGGUCUCGAUAUCGAUGGCGUGACGCAGGUCAUCAACUUCGAUUUGCCCAACAGCAUCGACGACUAUGUCCACCGCAUUGGGCGAACUGGUCGUGUGGGUAACAUUGGUUACGCGCUGUCGAUGAUGAACGAGAAGAACCGCAACAUUGCUCGCGAGAUGUACGAACUCAUGUCGGAAAACGGUCAGGAAAUUCCCGCGUUCUUGGACCAGAUGGCGAACAGCGGCUUUCGCGGUGGAAGCGGCGGUCGCGGUCGUGGUGGUCGUGGUGGUCGCAGUGGCUCCCGGUUCGGGGCUAAGGACUACCGUAGUGAAGAGCGCGGUGGAGGCGGCGGCGGUGGUAGCCGUGGCGGCUACGGUGGUGGCGGUGGUGGGUACGGCGGUGGCGGUGGCGGUGGCGGCUACGGUGGUGGCGGUGGUGGUGGCUAUGGCGGCGGCGGUGGCAGCCGAAGCGGCGGCUCUCGUGGCGGCGGCUUUAGCGACGACAACAGCGCCUGGUAA